GGAGAACCCGUGACAACAAAAGGCGCAGGCGGCGGCGGCGGCGGCGCGUUGGAGGGAAACCCAAGAGUUCUGCGCUGUGCUCGCCGCCGGAGACCGAGGCUUUCUCCUGCCGGAGUCCAGAUCUUAUGUAAAAUGGAUGUUUCUCACACUAGACAUUGAAUGUGAAGUAGAGAAUCUAUUUAGUAAAAUCUAAGCUGCCAUGGAAGAAAUACCAGUAAAAGUUGCUGUAAGAAUUAGACCUCUGCUCUGCAAAGAAGUUCUUCAUAAUCAUCAAGUUUGUGUGAGAGUUAUUCCAAACACCCAGCAAAUUAUCAUUGGGAGAGAUAGAGUCUUUACUUUUGAUUUUGUUUUUGGCAAAAAUUCCACUCAAGAUGAAGUUUAUAAUAUGUGCAUAAAGCCACUUGUGUUGUCACUCAUCGAAGGCUAUAAUGCAACUGUUUUUGCCUAUGGACAAACUGGAUCUGGGAAGACAUACACCAUCGGAGGAGGCCAUGUUGCUUCAGUUGUAGAGGAUAAAAAGGGCAUCAUUCCUCGUGCUAUCCAAGAAAUAUUUCAAAACAUCUCUGAAAAUCCGAGCACUGACUUUAAAAUAAAAGUAUCUUAUAUAGAAGUAUACAAGGAAGACCUAAGAGAUCUUCUAGAAUUGGAGACAUCUAUGAAGGAUCUUCACAUCCGAGAAGAUGAAAAAGGAAACACAGUGAUUGUUGGGACCAAGGAAUGCCAGGUGGAGAGUGCAGAUGAAGUGAUGAGCCUGUUGGAAAUGGGGAAUGCAGCCCGGCACACAGGCACCACCCAAAUGAACGAACACUCCAGUAGAUCACAUGCAAUUUUUACAAUCAGCAUUUGUCAAGUUGUAAAAAGUACAGAGGUAGCUGAAGACGGAUCCUGGUGUUCCCGUCGACAUAUUGUCUCCAAGUUUCACUUUGUGGAUUUGGCUGGAUCAGAAAGAGUAACGAAAACAGGGAAUACCGGCGAGCGGUUCAAAGAAUCCAUUCAGAUCAACAGUGGGUUGCUGGCUUUAGGAAAUGUAAUAAGUGCUCUCGGGGACCCACGCAGGAAGAGUUCACAUAUCCCAUACAGGGAUGCUAAAAUCACCCGACUUCUGAAAGAUUCCCUGGGCGGCAGUGCCAAGACAGUCAUGAUCACUUGUGUCAGCCCGUCUUCCUUGGAUUUUGACGAAUCCUUAAACUCUCUCAAAUACGCCAACAGAGCGCGUAACAUCAGAAACAAACCCACCUUAAACUUCAGCCCUGAGUCAGACCGGAUGGAUGAAAUGGAAUUUGAGAUUAAGUUGCUUCGAGAAGCUUUGCAAAGCCAACAGGCUAGUAGUAUCAGCCAAACCAGCCAGAUCCAUCGAGAGGGAACUCCUGAAAAAAACAAGAUCCUUUCUCUUGAGGAGCAAGUAGCUCAGCUCCAAGGAGAAUGCCUGGGUUACCAAAAGUGUAUAGAGGAAGCCUUCACCUUCCUGGUGGAGUUAAAAGAUGCUGUUAGACUAAACCAAAAGCAGCAACAAAAACUGCAGGAGUGGUUUAACAUGACCCAGGAGGUCAGGAAGGCCCUUCUUACCUCAUUCAGAGGGAGCCAAGGCAUUGAAAGCCUGGAAGAAGGACCACAGCAUGUUACAGUUAUCCAGCUGAAGCGAGAGCUGAAGAAAUGCCAGUGUGCUCUGGCUGCUGAUGAAGUAGUGUUCAAUGAGAAGGAACUGGAGGUGAAGGAACUAAAGAAUCAAGUGCAGAUGAUGGUGCAGGAAAACAAAGGACAUGUUCUGUCUUUGAAAGAAGCACAAAAAGUGAAUAGAUUGCAGAAUGAAAAAAUAAUAGAACAACAACUUCUUGUGGAUCAACUGAGUGAAGAACUAACAAAACUUAACCUCUCAAUGACUUCUUCAGCUAAGGAUACUUGUGGAGAUGGGCCAGAUAACAGGAUACCUGAAAAGAGACCAUAUACUGUACCGUUUGAUACUCAUUUGGGGCAUUACAUUUAUAUCCCAGCAAGAUCAGAUACCAGGAAGGUCUACACAAGCCCUUCUGUGUGCUCUCUGGAUCGAGUAGUUGCUGGAUUUCGAACACGAAGUCAGAUGCUCCUGGGCCACAUAGAAGAGCAAGAUGAAGUCCUCCACUGCCAAUUUUCUGAUAACAGUGAUGAUGAAGAGUCAGAAGGCCAAGAGAAAUCUGAAAUUAGACGUAGAAGUCGCUCAUGGAUUCAAAAGCCAGGCUCUGUUUGUUCUCUUGUUGAAUUGAAUGAUAUGCAUGAUCAAACACAAAAGUCAAGUUUGGGGAAUGAAGAUUCAAAGAUUGAAUGUCUUCGAGAGAGUCAAGAAUUGAAUUUGCAAAAAUUAAGGACUUCAGAACUCAUACUUACUGAAGCCAAACAAAAAAUGAGAGAACUUACAAUUAACAUCAAUAUGAAGGAAGAUCUGAUUAAAGAAUUAAUGAAAACAGGUAAUGAUGCCAAGUCUGUAAGCAAACAAUAUUCUCUGAAAGUAACAAAACUUGCGCAUGAAGCAGAACAGGCGAAAGUGGAAUUAAUUGAGACAGAAAAGAAGCUACAGGAACUGGAAAACAAAGAUCUUUCUGAUGUUGCUUUGAAAGUAAAAUUACAGAGGGAGUUCCGUAAAAAGAUGGAUGCUGCAAAGCUGAAAGUCCAGGUCUUACAGAAGAAGCAACAAAAUAGUAAGAAGUUGGCAUCACUUUCGAUCCAAAAUGAGAAAUGUGCCAGUGAACUUGAGCAGAGUGUAGAUCACAUGAAAUAUCAAAAGGUACAGCUGCAAAAAAGACUUCAAGAAGAAAAUGAAAACAGGAAGCAACUGGAUACAGAGAUUAAGCGGGAUCAACAAAAAAUCAAAGAGCUAAAGUUAAAAACAGAACUCGAGGAAGGUCUAAAACUGAAAGCCGAGGACCUUGAUGCAUUUAAGAUGAAAAGGAAUAAAGGUUCAUUUGGAAGUAUAGACCAAUUACAGAAAUUGGUUGAACAAAAGAAGUGGUUAGAUGAAGAAGUAGAGAAAGUGCUGAACCAACGCCAAGAAUUAGAGGAGCUGGAAGAAGAGCUAAAGAAACGAGAGGCUAUAGUUUCUAAGAAAGAGGCCUUGUUGCAGGAGAAGAGUGACCUGGAAAAUAAGAAGUUGAGAUCCAGUCAGGCCUUAAACACAGAUAGUUUGAAAAUAUCAACUCGCCUGAACUUGUUGGACCAAGAGUUGUCUGAAAAGAGUGUACAGCUCCAGAGCAGCACAGCUGAGGAGAAAAGAAAGAUUUCGGAACAAGUUCAAGCACUCCAGAAAGAAAAAGAUCAGCUACAGAGACGAAGAAACAGUGUGGAUGAGAAACUUAAAAACGGUAGCAUGCUGUCACCUGAAGAAGAACAUGUUCUUUUCCAACUUGAAGAAGAGAUUGAAGCUUUAGAAGCUGCGAUUGAAUACAAGAAUGAAAGUAUCCGAAGUCGCCAGAACUCGCUUAGAGCUUCGUUUCAAAACCUCUCCCAUAGCGAAGCAAAUGUCUUGGAAAAGCUAAUUGGCCUGAAUCCUAUUGAGAUUAGGGCUAUCCUUUUCAGAUAUUUCAAUAAGGUGGUUAAUUUGCGAGAAGCUGAACGGAAACUACAGUUACAGAAUAAAGAAAUUAAAAUGCAGAUUCUGGAAAGGGAUAAUAUGGUUCGUGAGUUGGAAUCUGCACUGGAACAUCUGAAAUUGCAGUGUGACCGGAGACUGACCCUCCAGCAAAAGGAACAUGAGCAAAAAAUGCAGUUGCUGUUACAUCAUUUCCAAGAGCAAGAUGGGGAAGGCAUUAUGGAAACUUUAAAAACAUAUGAAGAUAAAAUCCAACAGCUGGAAAAAGACCUUUAUUUCUAUAAGAAAACCAGCAGAGAUCUUAAGAAGAAACUUAAGGAAUUGUUAGGAGAAGCGAUUCGGAGGCGACUAGUACCAUCAGAAUAUCAUGAUGCUGGUGAUGGAGUCCUGAACACAGAAGAAGCAGGCAUGGUUUCAGAAGAAUUAAAAUGGGCAUCUAGAACUGAAAGUAUGAAAUUAAGUGGAAGGGAAAGAGAAUUAGACAGUUCGGCAAGCAGCUCGAGAACACAACCCAAUCCUCAGAAGCUCUGGGAAGAUGGCUCAGAAUUACCUCCGAAUUGUAGCUCUUUAGCACCCACUAGUGGGCAUUUGUUAAGCAAUGAGGAUAAAACAGAAAUAGAGGAAAAUCAGUUUCUAAAACUUCACAGUCAACCAUCAUCCCAAAUUCAGUCAAUGGGAAAUGUGAGACAGCUUCAUGGUGUCAUGCCUGUAAAGCUGUGUCGCAAAGAGUUACGUCAAAUUUCUGCCCUGGAACUGUCAUUACGACGGUCCAGUCUUGGGGUCGGGGCUGGAUCUAUGACUGCUGAUUCCAUUGAAGUGGCUAGGAAACCUAGUGACUUAAAAACUUAGUAGUUGCUAAUAGAAAUUUUAAUUUAGUAUAUGUGUAAAAUUCCUUUUUCUAACCUGUUAAAGCUUAAGCUCGCUAGCUCUCCCCUCAAGAAAAAGGAAGAAGAAAAGGAAGGAAUCCCUACUCUUUUUGUGUAAUUUAUAUGUGUAAUCUUCUAUAGUAUAUUUGGGGAGUUUUAAUUUGCUUUUUCAUAAUAACCAAACACACAUUUUCCAAUACUAUAAAGUAAUUGCACAUUUAAAUAUUUCCACCUAUAAAUUUGUCUAAAAUUCUUUUCCAGGCAUAUUUGAACAAGACUAAGAGUAGAAUAAUAAACAAAUACCCAUCAAAUGUAUAUUAUAAUAUAAAUGUAUGUUAUAAUACAAUAAUUAUAUCUUAUAAGUUAUUGUUAUCUUCAAAUACAAGUAUAUUUUUGUUAUUUUAAAAAGAUCCAGUUAAGUAUGGCUGAUGUCAGAGGGAGAGCCACCUGCAUGAGUAUUGGCAUAACUGAAAAUCUUGGGCAAAAUGCAGUCUGUGGGCUAACGCAACUAGAGGUUUGUGGAUUAGGAUUAAUUUGUGGUCCUCAGAGCCCACAGAGGUUGAAUGACCGGUCUUGAUUUUUUAAACAUGGUCUCUAUUCUUUUUCUGGAAUUGUUUUUAGAAUGUUAUAUUAUUGUUUGCUAAUGUUAUGGAAUACAAGUUUUCAUUUCUCUCCUGCCCUGUCUAUUCAACAUCUCUCUCUUUAUGCUACAAAAAAUGAGAGAAAUGGGUGCAGUUCUGUGGAACAAGGAAACAAUAAUAGAACAACACUAAAGUGUUCUAACAUUUCAAGGAAAAGAUAACCUGAUCACUUGGACUAUACCUGUAACGCUUGAAGUCUAGCCAGAGGAUUUUUCUGUAUAAGCGCAAGGAGGCUUUGUAUACAGGCCAGGCUACAUCGGGGCUGUAUAUAUGUAAAUGAAAAAUUUUCUUCAAAACCUUUUUGGUCUAAGCCUUAUUAUAUAAUAUAAACUUUGUUUGGAAUUAAGAACUAAAUAUUGAUUUGUCCAACAUAAUCCAGUUUGUACUUUUGCACCUUAUUUCUCAAUCACAGAAAAUAUCCCCUUAUAAUGACCAGAGAGGUAUUUUGUUAAAAUUUUUUAACUUAUGUUAUUUUUGUUACUUUUUGAAACUUUCACUUAUAAAAUAAAGUUAUUUCUUAAAUUAA